AUCAGCUGAUGCGCUACCGAGCAGACGCAGGCGGUGGUGCAGAUCACGAACAGAGCACACGGACAGUUCAAGAGACCAAAGGAUGGGACGUGUUCCGGGACCCUCCUAUCAAGGAGGUCUCCGGCUCUAUGGCCAAUCAGCGAUGCUUGGAGAUCACCGUGAAGAUCCUCAAGGUUGUAGCGUACCUGGUCACAUUCGUCAUAGUGCUGGGCUCGGGGGUCAUAUCGAAGGGAACGUUGCUGUUUAUGACCUCACAGCUCAGGCCGGAUAGAGUCGUAGCUUAUUGUAAUAGAGAAUUAGGUAGAGAUAAACAAUUUAUAGUGAAGCUUCCAACGCCAGAACGCGUGGCGUGGAUGUGGUGUAUAUUUUUCGCGUUCAGCAUACCAUGGCUUGGAGCUUUGUUCCGGUCGACCAGGAUGUGCUAUUUCAAGUCAUCGAAGAGACCGCCGUUUUCACAUUUCCUCACUAUCUUCCUUGCGGAAACGGGUCACACGAUCGGAUUGGCUAUUUUCGUAUUUCACAUCCUGCCUGAUAUGGACGUCGUCAAAGGAGCCAUGCUGACUAACUGCCUAUGCUUUGUACCUGCUGUCUUAGGUUUAUUAUCGAGGAACAAUAAGGAAUCGCAGCGGUUCAUCAAAGUGAUCAUCGAUCUCAUUGCGGUCUCUGCGCAGGCGACGGGAUUCGUGGUAUGGCCCAUCGUCGAAGGACGGGCCGAUCUGUGGAUCAUUCCCGUUUCGAUAUUCUUAAUAUCAUUAGGUUGGUGGGAGAACUACAUAUCGAAAUACUCUCCAAUUCCUCUGAUAAAGAGGUUAGGAAAAAUCAAAGAUCACUUCGACCAAACGAGAUAUUUCACCUACAUGUUCAUCUCGACGUGGAAGAUAAUCUGCUUCUUCGUCACCAUUCUCUUCAUCAUCCUCGCUAGAGAGGGUGAAGUUGGGUUUUUCUUCACCGAGUUCUCCGUCGGUUUCAACACUCAUCCCAUCACUAUUUUAGAGAUAAAACCGUUCCUUGGAGGUACAACGCUUCCAGACGUAGCCGAAAUCAUCCCAACCGGAGACGACACGGUCAUCAACUCCAGCGACAACUCCCCCAUCUUCGUCCUCACCAUCAACGUUCUAGCUUCAUACUUCGCUUACAUCUUCGGAAAGUUCGCGUGCAAAAUCAUGAUCCAAGGUUUCUCGUACGCUUUUCCAGUCAACCUAACCAUUCCAGUCACCAUAUCCUUGCUAAUCACCGCUUGCGGUCUCAGGAACGGCGACCCUUGCUUCUUCCAUGAGACUGUACCUGAUUAUUUGUUCUUCGAAUCGCCGCCAACUUCGUUUUUGAACGAUUUUAUUUCACAUCAACAUGCCUGGAUUUGGUUGCUAUGGUUACUGUCCCAGACGUGGAUCACCAUUCACAUAUGGACACCGAAAUGCGAGAGAUUGGCCAGGACUGAAAAGUUGCAGGUUACGCCCAUGUAUGAAGGGCUGCUGAUAGACCAAAGCUUAGGGCUGAAUAGAAAAAGAGACGACGAGGCUGAUGUAAAACCAGAAGACCUGGACGAAAUCCAAAAAGAAAAAGCUGACGAAUAUUACGAAACAAUCUCAAAUCACACGGAUGGCUCCUCUCCGAAAACAGUGAAGAAUUCGGACCACAUCACCAGGAUUUACGCUUGCGCCACCAUGUGGCACGAAAACCGAGAAGAAAUGAUAGAAUUCUUGAAGUCGAUUCUGAGGUUGGAUGAGGACCAGAGUGCCAGAAGGGUAGCGCAGAAGUAUCUGAGGGUUGUGGAUCCUGAUUACUAUGAGUUUGAAACCCACAUCUUUUUCGACGACGCCUUCGAAAUCUCCGACCACAACGAUGACGACACCCAAGUGAACAGAUUCGUGAAGCUGCUGAUCGCCACCAUCGACGAAGCGGCAUCUGACGUCCAUCAGACUCAUAUCAGGAUCAAACCACCCAAGAAAAUUCCUACCCCAUACGGCGGAAGACUGAUCUGGACCCUUCCCGGGAAGACGAAGAUGAUCGCCCAUCUUAAGGAUAAGAUGAAGAUCAGGCACAGGAAACGAUGGUCGCAAGUGAUGUACAUGUACUACCUCCUUGGGCACAGGCUGAUGGAGUUGCCCAUUUCGGUUGACAGGAAGGCUACCAUCGCUGAGAACACCUACUUGCUUACUCUGGAUGGAGAUAUCGAUUUCCAGCCUUCUGCUGUGCUGCUGCUCAUUGAUUUGAUGAAGAAAAAUAGGAAUUUAGGAGCUGCAUGUGGCCGUAUUCACCCAGUUGGUUCGGGCCCAAUGGUCUGGUACCAGCUGUUCGAAUACGCUAUUGGCCAUUGGUUGCAAAAAGCUACUGAACACGUUAUUGGCUGUGUACUCUGUAGUCCCGGAUGUUUUUCACUGUUUAGAGGCAAAUCUCUUAUGGACGACAAUGUUAUGAAGAAAUAUACUACAUGCUCUUCAGAAGCAAGGCAUUACGUGCAAUAUGAUCAGGGAGAAGAUCGUUGGUUGUGUACAUUGUUGCUUCAAAGAGGAUACAGGGUAGAAUAUUCUGCUGCAUCUGAUGCUUACACGCACGCACCUGAGGGUUUCAACGAGUUCUUCAAUCAACGUCGACGUUGGGUACCAUCGACCAUCGCCAACAUAAUGGACCUUCUGAUGGACUCAAAGCGGACCAUCGAAGUGAACGAUAAUAUCUCGAUGCCUUACAUCGGCUACCAAAUCCUUUUGAUGGGCGGUACGAUCCUUGGACCUGGUACUAUAUUCCUUAUGUUGGUGGGAGCGUUCGUGGCAGCCUUCCAGAUUGAUAAUUGGACCAGCUUUUACUACAACAUCUAUCCCAUCCUGUUCUUCAUGUUGGUGUGCUUCACGUGCAAAUCGAAUAUACAACUGCUAGCCGCCCAAAUCCUCUCCACCGGUUAUGCCCUGGUGAUGAUGGCAGUGAUAGUCGGUACUGCUUUGCAGUUACGGGAAGACGGAGUAGGUUCACCAUCGGCGAUUUUCCUGAUAGCCAUGACAGGCUCCUUCUUUAUAGCAGCCUGUCUCCAUCCGCAAGAAUUCUGGUGCAUCGUCCCCGGUAUUAUCUAUCUACUAUCCAUUCCUGCUAUGUACCUACUGCUGAUUUUGUACUCCAUCAUCAACUUGAACAACGUAUCGUGGGGAACUAGAGAAGUGGCAACUAAGAAAACAAAGAAGGAGUUAGAGGAGGAGCGUAAAGCUGCAGAGCAGGCAAAGAAGACCGUGAAACAAAAGAGUCUUUUGGGAUUCCUGCAGAGUGGAGGCACCAAUGAAGACGAUGAGGGCAGCAUAGAAGUAUCACUUGCUGGACUGUUCAGGUGUAUGUUUUGUACACACCAGAAAUCUGGAGAUGAGAAGGCACAACUUAUGCACAUCGCCGACUCGUUGGAUAGCUUGUCUAAGAGGCUAGAUCAUAUCGAAAGAGUCAUUGAUCCGAGUGGACACCACUCGCGCAGGCGUUCGAUGUCAGCUUCCUCACGUCACGGUGGAGGUCAUCCCGACCUCAAACCUCUCACCGAGGAACACGAAAACGACGCUUCGGUUUCCGAGUCUGACGAUGACACCACAGCGUCACUCGCUGGACCGCCAAGACCCAAAAGGGAUGAACUGGUCAACCCCUAUUGGAUCGAAGACCCUGACGUAGGCAAGGGUGAGGUCGAAUACCUGAACAGUAAUGAGUUGUCGUUCUGGAAGGAUCUCCUCGAGAAGUAUCUGUAUCCGUUGGACGAGAACAAGGAAGAAAAGGCACGUAUAGCAUCCGACCUGAAGGAACUGAGGGACCAAUCCGUGUUCGCGUUCUUCAUGAUGAACGCCCUUUUCGUACUGAUCGUCUUCCUGCUGACCCUAAAGAAGGACUACUUGCACGUGAAAUGGCCAUUCGGCGUGAAGACGAACAUCACCUAUGACGAGAGUACCCAGGAGGUACAUAUAACGAAAGAGUACCUCCAGCUGGAACCAAUAGGAUUGGUGUUUGUGUUUUUCUUCGCAUUGAUUUUGGUGAUUCAAUUCGUCGCUAUGUUGUUCCAUCGAUUUGGAACAUUAGCCCAUAUCUUAGCGUCGACUGAACUAAACUGGUCCUGUACAAAGAAGAAGGAAGAGAUGUCUCCAAAUGCUCUAUUAGAUAAACAGGCUGUUGAAAUCGUGAAGCAACUACAGAAGCUACAGGGUAUCGAUGGAGAUUACGACAACGACUCAGGAUCUGGGCCAGACAGGAUAGGAAGAAGAAAAACCAUUCAUAACCUAGAAAAAGCAGCGCAGAAGAAAAGACAAAUUGGAACGUUAGAUGUUGCGUUCAAGAAGAGAUUUGCAAAAUUGAACGCCAAUCCUGACGGAGGUACACCAGUAUUGAGCCGCAGGAUGACGAUGCGGCCUGAAACAAUGAAAGCUUUGGAAGUGCGUGUCAAUUCUGUGAUGGCCGAACGUCGCAAAUCACAUAUGCAGACCUUAGGAGCGAAAAACGAAUUCCAAAAUAACAAUGUGACAAGGAACCAUAGAAGUAGCGUAGCUAGCAGUAUUCCAGCUAAGGAGGUAUUUGAAAAUGGGCACGUCAACAAGGCAUUCGUUGAGGAAGAAAUAUACGGUAGCAACAGUGGUAGUAGAAGUUCUCUACCAAGACCACCAAGACCUGCACACAGCAUCGCUUGGGGUAACACCAGCAGAAUGUAGCAACUUAAUGGAUCAAUGUCAGAUGCUAUAACUGCCGCUCUCAUAUGUAUGGACCGACGUCAAAAAAGUUACCUUUCUGAGAGCUAAUCCAUUAAAUUUCAUAUGUAGCUACCCCCCAGACGUACAAAGUGGCCUAAAAUGGCUGGACAAUAUAUUAUAACAAAUUAAAGCGAAAACUGGCAUUUACAAGUAUCACGUCAUAUCUUCUUAUACGUAAAAAGAAGAAGAGAGUUCCAGUCUCAUUGUCAAACAAGUUUUUCCAAUUCUACGACUUAUUACACUGAGGUGCUAAACACCUUAAGUAUAUUUUAUGUAAUUCUCGACAUUAAUGUCAUAGCCAAUUAGACGAAGGUUUCAUAUGGAAAUGAAAAUUGGUCUACAAACAGGCAACUGUUUGAAUUUUUGAAAACAGGGAUGCUGAGUAAAUCCAGCACGUUAUCCACAAAUUUUAGGACACCUUGUGUAAGUGCGAAGUGUGCUAGUCAAGGGAUCCAUAUUUAUGAAUGCUCUCACUUGUGAAUAGACUAGUCAAAUAAUGUCUUAAACCUGCGGUACGCUCUCAAAUUCAGAUUAUUCAUGGAGACUAAUUAAAGGGUUAUCUAGAAAUAUAUAUAGUAAAUAAUAACUUUUUUGAUAUAGCCGCCGCUAGGAUAAUAAUUUGUAACAUAGUGGAAUGAAAAGCUCUGACCCUAACGAAGAUUCAAGUUACCGCAUAUAUCAAAACAAACUGAGACGCUACAUUAUUAUAGAGGGUGAUCCAUCUGUUGAUUAAUUUUCAAAUCGAUGGUUAAAAUGAAACGCAGACUUCUUUUUCAAAACGGGUUUUUUAUUUUAGAGUACUGUCCUUCCGGCUAAUGAUGAAACACAAUCUCAUUCAUACGCGACCCAAUUUUUCAGUACAUUUCCAAAGUCCGGCAUUAUCUCACAAUGGCUGCAUGAAUAUUGGUCUUCAAUCGAUGGAUCACCCUUUAUUAUUAUGCUCAGUGAAAAUUCGGAUUCACGUAUUUUUAAAGUUUGUGAAACAACCAAGUGAUUCUCUACCAGUUUUACUCACAAAAUUGUGUUGGUAUAUGUAAUAUUUAAUUACCCGACAACGACAUUAUGAUUUUUAUGAUUAAAAAAUCGAUUUUCUUCUCUUUCAUUUCGUUGACCUCCCGUAUAUUUUUUGAGUA